AUGGUAUUCCAAUUUAAUAUAGACAAGCACACUAAAGACUUUGUCCCACCCAAUCAAGUCAAGAGGCUUCCAAGGGCUUUGGGUUAUUUUUUGGGGAACAACGAUAAUGGCUCUAAGCAAAGACCCGAUUAUUUUAUAUGGCUCGAGGUGCUAAUUGGAUCUUUCUGCGGAAUUCUUGUCCUUGAAGGUGUAUUUAGAAACCCAAACAUCUUCACCGACCACCAUAAUGCACCAAUAGUCAUAGCUAGUUAUGGGGCUACUGCCAUUCUAUGCUUCAAUACGAAUGGGCUCCCUCUUGCCCAACCCCGGAAUAUCAUAUUGGGUCACUUUUCCUCGGCUUUAAUUGGAGUUUGCGUUGAAAAGUUGUUCCUGUUGUCUGAAAAAGGAAGGGACCAUUAUUAUAUUGGAGGUGCUCUUAGUGUGGGAAUGGCUUCUGUAUUGAUGCUGAUUUUGAAUUGUGUACAUCCACCAGCCGGUGCUUCCGCUUUACUUCCCUUCAUUGACGAUGGCAUCAGAGACAUGAGCUGGUGGUAUUUACCUACCCAUCUUGUGAGUUCGGUGCUAAUUGUAGCGGUAGCUUUGAUAACAGGCAACGUCAUUAGAAAGUAUCCUGCUUUUUGGUGGACUCCAUUAAAUAGAACACCACCACCCCCAACGCAGGAGCCGAAAGAAGAGAAGGCUCUUGAAACUUUAGUCUUGAACGCCGAGACCUUACAGGUGCCCAAAUCAUUGAGUUUGAGUGAGGUAGAAAUGGAAGUUCUCGAAUCACUCCAGAAUAAACUAAGGGACUACAAACCUAAUACCGAUUCCAUCGGCAGCACUGACAUUGGCCAGUCGGUUUAA